AUGGAUCCCGACGGACAAAUCCGGUCAGCAGUAGCCAAUAUCAAAGAUGAGCUUCAGCGGAUUCUUGCUAUUACAGAAGUGCGGGAUCUCGACACCAAGUUCGAAGAUUUCCGGGCACUGCUCAUCCAAGAGUUCAACAAGAAACUACGUGAGUUGAAGGACAAAAACAAAGAUUUGACCUACGAAAACAAGCAGCUUCGUAAACGGCUUCAAGCAUACGAGCAAAAUUCACCAACAAAGGCCCGUUCCACCAAGUCUGUCGGGUCAAUUCCAAAUCUCCAGUAUGUUUCACCGAUCAACAGAAAACGUAAGGGUUCAGACGAAGAAAGUGAACAGCAAGUAAUGAUUCUCUCGAGCCCCGUGAAACGCCCGCCACAAGAAUCAUCUCCCGCAGACUUGGCAAAACGUGAUUUGACAAGCUCCCAGUUCAACCGUCUCCCAACGCAAUAUUCCGAGAUGGAACUGCCGAAGAAACUGCCGAGGAAGCUGCGCAAAAAGGAUCAAGGCGGGCCUAUUUCGUCGCCCAUUAAGAAUGAUUUUGUUGUAGAUGACGAGCGGGUGGUGGCCAACUCCGAGGACGAGUUCCAGGGACUUGACGAGAAGGAAAUCGGGGUGCCUGAGCACUACACCUCACUCCAGCGAGUAGCAUUUCUUCGAAAUUACUAUCAGAUGAGACUCAGCGAUAGCAAGUUCAAGGUUAACUUGUCAACAAACCCGAUCACGGAGAAGCCAUGGGCACCAGACGACUUCCGACCCAACAGCGCAUGGCGACGGCCCAAGAGAAUGGAGAGCAGGGUAAUGACGAAGGAACAGGAGAGAAAUUACCAUGAAUUCUUUGCUCAAGCUGGAAAAGGUUCCCGUGUGGAAGGACCAGUAUGGGAUAAAGAUGACGAAGACCUCCAGGAGGAAGAGGUGCACCGGUCUCAGAUCAUGGACAAGUACCUGCUGCCGCCAGGGUUCAUGAUAGGCUCUUUCCCAACGACACAAGAGCAGGAAGAGCAGAAAGAAUAUGUGAGGAAGCGUAAUGAAGAGCGUGUACAGCGGCGCUUGCAAAGUGCUUUGGCCAAAGAGCCAGGCGAAUUCAUCUUCUACGAGGACGUGUUGAACCAAUACGUUGCAAGAAAUCAAGUCGUGAGGGACCGGUAG